AUAAAAGUGAUGAAACUAUUAAGAAAAGGUUUGGAAAAGUGAUGGAAUUUGAAAUAGAUAAUUGUGAUUGUGCAACUUUUAUUGAGGAAAAGAAAAGAGAAGCAACCAACAGCAUUAAAAGUUAUGAAAGUAUGAUUACGGACUGUCGAUGGUUAGAAACUCAAUUAGAGGGAUUAAAGAGGAUUUUUAACAUAGAAAAAAACGACUUCAAAGAACGAAGACUUGAUGAUUUUAUACAGCAAUUAGAGAAAAGACGAAGUGAUGCCAUUAAUAGUAAAAAAAGGGAGGAGGAUUAUUUGAAUACUUAUAACGAGUGGGAAACCAAACUAAAUCAACAAAUUAAAGAAAAUGAACCAAAAUAA